AUGGCAAGUUGCCAAGUUGUGGUGUUGUAUCCUUCUGGAGAGCCGGCCUUUGAGCGGGCAUUGCCAGAGAAAACCAAUGCCUGGGAAAUGCAACAGCUGCUGGCAGUAGAGAUGCGAGCACAUGCGUGGCAACUGGAGCUCAUCCAUGGCGGCCAGAUAUUGCCCAGGCGCAGCUCGCUGGCUGAUAUGCGAGAUGCAAUGCCCGGGCAUGCCGUAGAGCUGCAACUGGUUCGGAGAGCAGUUCAGGAGUACAAACCCCAAUUUGGCGAUGGUGGGCAUGCUCACUGCCGCAAUUGGGCGACUGUGCUUUUCUAUGGUUUGGGCUUCAAUGGCUUGGCGCAAUUUAUCAACUCAGUGCGAAGGGCAAGGCUGCCAAGAUUGCAAGCAAGGCCGGGUGCUUUGCCAAGCAGGCCACUUUGCCGUGGCGGGGAAGCCAUGACGAUUGUCUUCGAACGGAGCGAUGGUCAAUUCAUGGGAUUGGAGCUGCAGCAUGUACUUGCAAGAGAGGACUGCCCCGAUGAGCUUUUCAACAUGGUCGAUGCGAUUUUGCUGCCCUUCAGCCUGCACUACCAGAGCUCGAUGGAAGACACUCAGAAGGCGAUACGCCAAGUGGAGCAAAAAGCCAGUGAGACAGCCAAUCGCGUUUUGCUCGGGACGCACAUGCAUCACGGCAAGGACCGGCAAAUCUCUUCACAUGAAGCGCUGCAAUUUGCACAUAGCUACGGCUAUUCGUACCACGAGGUCUUCAGCAACUCCAUGCAAUCGGUCCAGGAGAUGCUUUUCUCCAUUUUGGACUUGCAUUUGGACCAGCCUGAGUGA